UGCGCGGCCGGCGCGGACCGGGCUGGCCCUGCAGCGGCUCGCUCAGGCCGGGGGUCGUCGCUGCAGCCGCUGCGAAAGGAGGAAACGACGACUCAGCGGGCAACUUGGCAGAGCCGGGAGGAGGGAAGGGAUUCUGGAGACACUCGGCGUCUCCCUUCUCGAAUUUCUCUCGGCCCUUGUCAGUUGAUUCGUAGUCCGAAAUGCAUGGUCAUGGAGGCUAUGACUCUGAUUUUAGUGAUGAUGAACAUGGUGGAGAAUCUAGCAAAAGGAAAAAAAGGACAGUUGAAGAUGAUUUACUGCUCAAAAAGCCAUUUCAGAAAGAAAAACAUGGAAAAGUGGCCCAUAAACAAGUUGCAGCAGAAUUGCUGGAUAGGGAAGAAGCAAGAAAUAGAAGGUUUCAUCUCAUAGCUAUGGAUGCUUAUCAAAGGCAUACAAAGUUUGUAAAUGACUAUAUUUUAUACUAUGGUGGCAAGAAAGAAGACUUUAGGCGAUCGGGGGAAAAUGACAAGACAGACAUGGAUGUUAUACGAGAAAAUCAUAGAUUCCUAUGGAAUGAGGAGGAUGAAAUGGACAUGAAUUGGGAGAAGAAACUUGCAAAGAAAUACUAUGAUAAAUUAUUCAAGGAAUACUGCAUAGCAGAUCUCAGUAGAUACAAAGAAAAUAAGUUUGGAUUUAGGUGGCGAGUAGAAAAAGAGGUAAUUUCAGGAAAAGGCCAGUUUUUCUGUGGAAAUAAAUGUUGUGAUAAAAAAGAAGGCUUAAAGAGUUGGGAAGUUAAUUUUGGUUAUAUUGAGCAUGGUGAAAAGAGAAAUGCCCUUGUUAAAUUAAGAUUGUGCCCAGAAUGUUCCUUUAAAUUAAAUUUUUGUCACAGGAGAAAAGAAGUCAAGUCAAAAAAAAGAAAGGGUAAAACCAAAAAAGAUUGUGAAGAGUUAUCACAUAAAAAAUCCAGAUUAUCUUCUGCAGAAGAGACCUCCAAGAAAAAGGAUAAAGGACAUUCAUCCUCAAAGAAAUCAGAAAAUUCUGCAAACAAAGACUCUGAUGAGGAAGAAAGUACUUCAGAAUCUGAACUUUGGAAGGGCCCACUACCAGAGACAGAUGAAAAGUCACAGGAAGAAGAAUUUGAUGAGUAUUUUCAAGAUUUAUUUCUGUGAGAUGGAAGAAAGAAGCCUACAUUCCUUAAUGUGCAAGUAUACUUUGAAACUCUUCACAGAAGUUUUAUCUACAAGUUGUAGCUUGAGUGGUUUGUCUUUGGAAAUAAAAAUCCAGCUACUCUGAGGAUGUCA